GUUCAGAAUUCCAGAUAUUCUGUUUUCAUGCUACACACCAUGCACAGAAAAUCGGAAUUCUGCAGCAACACGCCUGAGACUUCCUAUCUACUAUACUUUAACGUACUCAUUUACGUUCAGAUAGAUCAAGUCAUAUUGACUCGGUAACUUACCGAUUAGGUUGCACAUGCAACACCUGCAGGUGAUGCAAAUGCGGAUACCUUACCCAAUGAGUUGAUUUCUAAUAAGGAUUCGGAUUUGAAUACCUGGUGAUGACCCCAGAUUUGAAUGAUGGAAACAACCACAAAUCGUAAAAUCUAAUCAAUCUUUCCAUAUUGAUCCAUUUGUGAAUUAUCGUGCACAAAUAAAAUGAUGCAUGGAUGGAACCUACCUUUGCAACAUUUUUAGAUUUUAAAAAAUUUAUCUGCCCAAUGAUUCCACAGCGACUUGUCAAAAAUAGCCUUCCAUUCUUAGUAAACCAAUACUAUACAUAUACAUAUACAUAUACCUAAAUACAGUUCCUGAAGGUACUAAUGACUGUUCAAAUUUUUCGCACAGAUAGGUGACAGGUAUGCCGUCACUGUAAAGCUGCUAUUAACCAUAUGGCGGUGGUCAAAUACUUGUUGGAUCCACACGAUGAAUAGUUGCAGGUUUUGCAUGACUUCGGUGACUCAUUGUCAGUAAUGGUAAUACAUUGAGUAGAUAAAAGAUGUGAAUGCUGAUUCUAUUGACCCUACAAUGUGUUUCAAACUGUGAAGUACUGCUUGAUACAUUAGGAAGUAUUCAAGAAUGAAUUUAGUAGAAAGAAAAUUCAUAAAUGAAAAUAAUUUGCUUUUACGCUAUUGCGAAUAAAAAAUAUUGCGAUUGAUUUUUCAAACAACGAAUGGUACUAAUUAUUGAGAGGAACAUCAGCAAUGCUCGGUAUAUUUGUCAAUGGUGUUUCCAUGGUAACACUAGUGAAAACAGAAGACGCUCAGUCACAAAGUGCAAGUAGAACUACUGAGGCACUCUGCAUUAGGAUUGUAGUUUUUAAAUACUUUAGAUUUCAAAAAUUUAUUCAUUGACAUCUUGAUGUCUCACAUUUAAUAACAGUAUAAUGCCUCUGCCCGAGCAGAUGUAUUGUACGCAACAAAUAAACGUUCCGCCAAUGCUUCCGUCAAUCUUGAAACAAUUUUGCAAAGCCGCUAUCCGUACACAGCCUUACGAUCUAUUGAAAUGGUCAAGCACUUACUUUAGAGCUUUGGCUGAUGGUGAAGAGUUGCCGAUUAAGCUAAGGCUAGAAUAUCCACCACCAAGUACUGAAUCUGGGCUAACUAUUGGAUUCUUGAAAGUUCUGCUUCGCCAGUUCGGAGAUUAUAACAAGUAUUUAUCUAUCGACACUAUUCUACGGCGCUGGGAUGGUUUAUGCUUGGAUCGCAAUGACUUGGACUUGAUCAUUCAAAUGGGUGAAUUUUGUAAUAAAUGCCAGGUGAAAAAGUUUUUGAGUAUUGGCGUCGCUCUGCUGACAAAUAGCCUACACGAAACUAUGGUCAUGGUUUGUGAACUAUUCACGCAUGAGCCUGAAGGAGGAUCAGCAAUGAUACCUCUCAAAUUAUUUCUGGAAAUUUAUGAAUAUCUAGCAGGUUUACAAUGUGAUGGUACUGAAGGAGACACAAUGGAUGUAUAUUUAUCGAAUACAAACGAAGAGGAUAUAGAUAAAAUCUCGGUGAAACCUAUUGAAAAGGAUAAGGAAGAUGAUUCUCGAAAAAGUGUAGAUGGACAAGUUGAUUUGGAUAAAUUUAAAAGAGGGUCACAUUCAGAAUGGAAGGAGAAAAAACAGGAAAUAUCUCACAAACAUCCAAAAGUACCAGGUAUUGGGCCCCGUUUGCUACCAGCGCAAUUAUCAAAUGUUGUGGUGUGGUUGACAGAAUGUUCCGAACUUCAGGAAGGUAUGGUAGGUCCACGAAAUCUUCGUCAUUUCAGUUGUCCUUCAUUGGAUGAACCUGAAAUAGAAACAAACGAAUAAACUACAUUCGAUAACCACAGUCGAAGAAUACAAAUAGUUCAGAUGUUUCAAUUGACAAAUGACUACAGAAUAUAACAAUUAAUGUAAAUACCAAGUAGCUGCAUAUUUUAUUAACCAAAUGAAUUAUUUAAUAAACAAAAAAAUAUUGACCUAAAUUUGCAACAUAA